GUUCCCUCCUCCACUCCAAUCUCUGAUACCUGUGGAUGCUGCGAGGUUCUUGUUCCUGCUGGGUCCGCAGCGCUUGUGCUGGGUUGGGCUCUGCCUCGUGGGACCCCAGGGGCCUGGGUGUGAGCCAGGGCACGGAGCAGCAAGGAGCCAGAAUGGGCCCCGAGUUCCUCACCAGCAGGCCCCCCCAGGAAUCAGUGACCUUCAAGGAUGUGGCUAUGGACUUCACCUGGGAGGAGUGGGGCUACCUGGACACUUCCCAGAAGGAGCUUUACUGGGAGGUGAUGCUGGAGAACUACAGGAACCUGGUCAGCCUGGGCCUUUCAGAUUCCAGUCUAGAUGUGAUUUCUCAACUGGAGUCAGGGGAAGCACAUGGGAUUCCAGUGGACAGUGUCCUAAGAACCUGCUGGCCAGAUUGGAAUGCCAGGCCUCAGACCAAGGAGUCACCUCCAGAGAUGGGUAUUUCAAUGGAGGACUUAUCCCAGCAAAAUUCCUUGUGGGAUGACCCAUGCAUCUUCAAGAUGGGGAAAACCUGGGAGUGUUAUGGCAGGUUAAAUAAAGAGUGGAACAAUAAGAAACAUUCUAGAAAAAGAAAAGUAAUCCAAACAGAAAUUGCUGACAAAGUCAGAGGCUCUGAAGACAGUAAAUACAGGCAAACAUCUAGCCCAGAGCCAGUCCUUUUUCCACAACAGGAGGUAUCUAUAGUAACGAGUUUCCAUGAAGGUGAUCAUCAGAGAAGGAGCUUUACCAUGGAGUCAGACCAAAGACAGUUUAAUCAAGUUUACUCAAAGAAGAAAUAUUAUGAGGUUAACAAAAGUCAGAAAGCCUUUGGUUAUCAUUUUGACCCCAUUAAAAAAUAUGGAAUUCAUGCUGACCAGAAACUUCAUGAAAGUAGAAAUUCUUUCCUUGUGAAUAAUGAACUUAUUCCAUACCAGGGAACUGAUUCAGGAAAAAAAUGUUAUGAAUUGACUAAAUGUGGGAAGAUAUUCUGUCAGAAGGUAGAUCUUAAUCACUCUAGUGUUCAGGGUAAAAACAAAUCUUAUGAGUGCAGUGAAUGUGGAAAGGCCUUCCAGUAUAAGAUGAAUCUUACACAACACUACAGAAUUCAUACUGGAGAGAAACCUUUUGAAUGCAUUGACUGUGGAAAGGCCUUCCACCAGAAGACAGACCUUAUUCGACAUUACAGGAUUCAUACUGGAGAAAAGCCAUUUAAAUGCAAUGAUUGUGGGAAAGCCUUUCCGAGGCGCACAACACUGACUCUACAUCAGAGAACUCACACUGGAGAGAAACCCUAUGAAUGCAGUGAAUGUGGGAAGACAUUCCGAUCAAGCUCCAACCUUACUCAGCACCGGAGUACACAUACAGGAGUAAAGCCUCAUCAGUGCAGUGUGUGUGGGAAGGCCUUCUCUCAGAAGUCUGAUCUUACUCAUCAUGGUAGUAUACAUACGGGAGAGAAACCAUACGAAUGCACAGAAUGUGGGAAGAUCUUUCGCCAGAAGUCAGAUCUCACACAACACUUCAGCAUUCAUACUGGAGAGAAACCUUUUAAAUGCAGUGAUUGUGGGAAAGCCUUUCCCCGCAUCACAACGCUGGCUCGACAUCAGAGAACUCACACUGGAGAGAAACCCUAUGCAUGUAAUGAAUGUGGAAAGGCCUUUACUCAGAAUGCAGGUCUUUCUUUCCAUAGAAGAAUUCAUGCCAGAAAGAAGUCUUAGGAAUGCAAUGAAAGUGCAAAGACAUUGCCACUAGAUCAGAAUACAUAUUCAACAUAUAGAAUUCAUGAUGGACAAAAAUUAAUACAUUAAUAUAAUCAUUGGAGCAAAUUUUUUCUCUGGAAGAGAUUGACAAAUUUAGUUAAUAUUGGAAAGGAUCUGUGGACACAUAGUGCAUAAGGAAAGCCUUUUGCUGGUGAACCACCUCUUCUUCUACCGGGGUCAUUGCCUAGAAAUGCAAAUGAGGCACUUUAUUUUUUCAUUUUGAAUAGCACUUUAUUUUUUUCCCAAUUCCAUGUAAACACAAUUUAACACUUUUUUUUUUG